AUGUUCGGCUACCUACGCAAGACGAUCAAAUGGACUUUCCUUCUCACUCUCCCGCUGACCAACUUUCCCAUCUUAACGGGGACGUUCUCUGGCAUUGUGUUUGGGAUCUGGAAUCGACGCCAAGUGGAUGCGAAUGUGCAGAAAUUCGUAUACGAGAUCAAGGAUGUGUUGAGUGAUUGGUAUAAGUCUUCCUCCUUCCUCAUGCUCAUGCUCUAUGCCUUUGGACAAGGCUAAUGCGUCUUUUUUCAAGGGGAGUCGGCGGCGACGCACCGACUUUCCGCCAAUUCCAGGACAAAAAGAACGAUUUCCAUCUCCUGCGAGUCAACAGCAACGACUGGACGCAGAAACUGGGUCUCCUACUCCCGGAACAAGUCACCGAUUUCGACGACGACGACGACACCAACGACCUCCCCAUCGACAGCCUGGCAGACCUCCAGAGUCUGAUGCGGGAUUCGAGUUGCGGGAUGACGGUGCCACGGGAACAAUGGCUCUACUGGUCCGAAUACCGCGGCUGGCCGCUGCUCAGUCGCUGGGACUCCGCUUUUGAUGAGGUCGUGCAGCACGCGUACGCGCAUCCGACUCUGAACCGGACGCGGUUGCAUUUUGCCGAAUGUGCGGGUACGGCGGGAUUCCUCUGCGGCGUCUGGUUCACCCGGGCGCCUGCUCUGGUGCAAUUCCUCGUCGACGACGAACCAUUCGACCUCGCCAAUAUGGUCUCGGGACCGACGUACGGCGUCAAAGAUCCCACAAGUCUUCGAGGCGUCUUGGUCCGGAUCAUCGAAUUCCCCCUGAGGGAUAACGACAUCUACACUGGCACAGGUACAGACACAUUCCCAUCCGAAAGAGAACAGUUCCUCACCGCGAUGACGACCUCGGAACAAUUCGCUCCCUUCGAGCCCAUGGACCAGCUGCUCCUCCGCUUCACGGAAUACAUGGACCACACCUUCUGGGACAAACCGGGCACCAUCUUCCAUUUCCAGAAUCAAAUCGACAACUGGGUCAUCGAGCACAUCACCACACCAUUCGGAUUGGAAGGCAUCUUGUUGGCUCUACACAGCUAUUGUUUCACCAUUGCCAUGAUGUUCUCCGCUACGGGCGUGAGCAUCUGGUAUAGUAUUUGGAAUCUGGGGGAGGAAUUCUUGGGGAGGCCGAAGAUCGGGGAUCGUGUUCUGGGGGAGCUGGGGGGAGAGCCAGCGUCGCCCGAGGAGAAUUUUUGGGGUCCGAUGAUGGAGGGGUUUGGGGAGUAUGUGGAGAGGAGGAUGAGGGAGCAGCGGAGUGAGGGGGUGAGGGAUGGGAAUGCUUUGACGACGGAGGCGCCCUAG